ACAACAACAACAACACUGUUUUCGAGUGUCCACUAAAAUCACCCGUCGGUUGUCAAGUCAAGUGUUGGUCAUAAAAAAGCAAUUAAUAGUUGCCGUCACAGCCAUUGGCGCACUAAUCGGUUUAGUUUACCAGCGAUUCAAGUCAGCAAUUGGUCUCACAGUGACAAUGUCCGACACAGCGACGGUCACCCAAAACAGCGCCCAACCAGCAGACGACAAAACCGCCGAACAAACGGCUGAAGUAAAUCAAAAUUCAGUUAUCAAAGACAAUGGUACUGAAGAUGUUGCAGAUGAAAGUGUGUCGCCAAACAAGAAGUUGAAACUAUCUAAUGAUAUCAAUGAGGAUUCAAAGCCGUCAGUGACGCCAGCAAGCGGUGGAAGAGGUCGUCCAGCAAAGGGAUCGGCGAAAAGACUGAACAUUUGGGAGAAGACGGCCAAAGAAGGCGAAGCUUUGUUGCAAAACUUAGGCCAUAAAGGUGGCGAUGAAAAUCCCGACGGCAAUCGUAGGACGACUCGAUCUCAGACACGCGGUACACCUCCCGCAGCAGCACCAACACCUCCCAAAAGAGCCGCUCCUAAGUCGCCAUCUAAGGAUUCAGGUUCAGGAACACCUAAACGAAGGGGUCGGCCGCCGAAAAAUUCAGUGUCGAGUAAUAAUUCUAUCGACGAAAAAUCUGAAGUCGAAGCCAACAACUCUGAAACUAAAGUCGAUGGCAAUGAUGUGACAUCGAGUCAAGAGAAGGUCGAAGUUAAUAAUACUUCGGAAUCAAAAACAACCAACGAUUCGACUGCCAGCCAACCGCAGGCCAACAAUAGUACUGAGCCAGAGGUGACCACAACCGAUGAACCAAAGGUCGUACCGAACGAACAAACAAAUGAUGUCAAGAAUAAAGCAAAUUCUAAAUCAGAUGAUACCUCAAAAGCCAAUCCGGUUUUAAAAGAAACAACACAAUCGAGUCCGACAUCAGAAUAAUAUAAACAAAUUGUGCAACUCUUCGAUUGAUAUAAUUUCAUCAUUUUUUACAUUUUAAUUAUAUAAGUAAAACAAAAUUCAAUAAUAAUUAUUUAAAUGACAAACAUUUUUUGUUAAAUUGCAAAAACAAAACAUUGAAAAUUUUUAUCUUAUAUAUAUAUAUAUUCAGUUCGUCUAUUAUAUCAUUUUU